CCUGACGCAAGCUUGGUGACUACAUAACCUCUGUUUAUCCUGCACAUUCUAGCCCCACGAUCGAUCCAACAUAACUCUACUUACUCAACACCAUAACAAAAAUGACCUCCACCGAAUCUUCAAGCCCAGUCACGGAGCUAGCGCUCUUCCACCUGAAGUCAUCAGCUGACCGAGUUACCAUCCGAAAGGAAUUAUUAUCGGCGGCAAAGGCCCAAGCCUCUUACUCCAAGUACCCGACCUACCUGUUCACCCAGAUUGAAGACCCAUCAUACAUCUACCUCCUUGGAGGCUGGAGCUCAGUUUCGGCUCACAUGGACGAUUGGAUCCCCAGCUCUACAAACCAAUCCUUGCUUGCCUCUCUCAAGGAGAAGUUGGAUCUUGUGUACAUGGUUCAUAUCGAAAUCGAUCCUGCUGUGCUCGGAAUGUUCGGAUUACCUGCCGGAAGCUCGGGAGAAGUCCCAAUAAUCGACGCCCCUGUGAUUGCUAUCGGGCGUUAUUUCCUCAAGGCUGGUCAGAAGGAAGCGUUCUUGAACAAGUUUGAAGAGACGAAAAGACACUUGCAAGCGUAUAUUGCUCCGAGGGGAUUCAAGGGUGGAGUUCGGGCGGAACCCAAGGAGAAAUCGGAUGAUGGUGAGCACAAAGAGGAGUUCGUGCUCUUUAGUGGUUGGGGGGAAGUGCAGGAUCAUUUCCGAUUCGCAGAAUCCGAUGGGUUCAAGGAAUUUAGUCGGAUAAGGGACUUCUUAGAAGGGGCGGAGAUUAAGCAUGUAUCUGUUUGGGAGGACCGAGAGUGAGGCCCUGGGAUGUGUGAGUAGUAUGACCGAGAUCAAUUUUGUGAUGUUUUGGCCAGUCAACAGGUCCGUUGCAUACGGUACGGACGUGUGGAUCUGACUAGUUAAUAGUGAAAGUUCCGUCUGGGUUCUGUGUCUAUAUGGAAAUAAUUAUAUAAUUAAAUUGCAGAUAUUAAUCAAUAGGGUGUCUCGACAUAGAGUCAGGUAUACUAAACUAUAUCCAGAAGCUCAUAAGAUAGCGCCCACGCUUUCUCGAU